AGAGACACUGACUAAAGAGAGAAAAUAAGAGAGAGGGGGACAGAGAGAGAGAAAGAGAGAGUUCAAGAAAAGUUAGAGAUACUGAAUAAAGAAGGAAAAUAAGAGAGAGAGAGAGAGAGAGAUCUCAAUAUGGCUGAGAGUCCAGUAACCUUUUUAGUAGAAAAGCUAGCAGCACUGUUUGAAAGAGAGGUGAACCUCUUAAGAGGGGUUCGGGAAGAAGUUGUGUGUCUAAGAGGUGAUCUUGAACAAAUGAGGGCAUUCCUCAGAAUUGCUGAUGCAUUGCAUGAGAGUGAUGAGGAGCUCAGUGUAUGGGUUAGGCAAGUCAGAGAUGUUGCCCAUGAAACUGAGGAUCUUCUUGACGAGUACACACUUCUCCAAGGACAUAAUCAUGGACAUGGUCUCUAUGGCGCUUUCUGCAGAUUGGCUUGCUGUAUUAAGAACAUGAAAGCUUGUUAUCGAAUCGCAGCAGACUUGAAGAGCAUUAACUUGAGACUUCGAAAGAUCAGCCAGGUUCACAAGCGGCUUCGUCACAAGUUCAGCAGAGUUGAACAUGGUUCUAGCUCGGCUGGUGCUCUCAACACUUGGCAGGAUCGUCGUGACGAUGCCCUUCUGUUGGACAAAUCUGAUCUCGUGUGGAUCGAUGAGCGAAAGAAGCAGCUUGUUGAGUGGCUCACCAAAGGUGGUUCCGGUCGAGAAGUUGUUUCACUGGCUGGACAAGGUGGUAUGGGGAAGACCACCUUGGCUAAGCAAGUCUAUGAUGAUGAUGAAGUUAAGAAGAAUUUCAAAGUACGUGCAUGGAUCACUGUUUCCCAAUCUUUUGAAAUAGAGGACGUGCUCAGAGACAUGGUUGAACAGCUAUUCAAAGCGAAAAAAAGAAGAGUGCCAUCAUCAGUUGAGAACAUGAACAACAAUCGCCUCAAAACGACAAUCAAGGAGUUGCUGCAAAGAAAAAGGUAUCUGAUUGUUUUGGAUGAUGUGUGGCAGUUGCACGCAUGGCGUGCUUUGCAGUAUGCUUUGCCUAACAACAGCUUCGGUAGCAGAGUUAUGCUCACUACUCGAAAUACUGAUGUAGCUUCUACUGCGGGCAUAGAAUCAGAAGGCAAAACAUACUUUUUGGAGCCUUUACCCCUGGCCGAGUCAUGGGACUUGUUCUGUAGAAAGACGUUUCAGGGGAUUACGUGUCCUUCUCACUUAGAGGAAAUUUGUAAGUGGAUUUUGAAAAAAUGUGAAGGAUUGCCUCUUGCCAUUGUAGCAAUCAGUGGUGUCUUGGCUACAAAAGAUACACGCAGGAUCGACGAGUGGGACAUGGUUGCUCGUAGCCUUGGAGCUGAAAUUGAUGGAAAUGACAAACUGAAGGAUCUGAAAAAGGUUCUUUCUCUUAGUUUCAAUGAUCUGCCUUACUAUCUCAAGUCAUGUUUCUUGUACAUGAGCAUCUUUCCUGAGGAUCAUCUCAUCGAGCGUAUGAGGGUAAUUCGCUUGUGGGUAGCAGAGGGAUUCAUUGAAGCAAAAGAAGGUAAGGUAUUGGAAGAAGUAGCUGAUGACUAUCUCAAUGAUCUCUUGAAUAGAAGCUUGAUGCAAGUUGCAACAACUACGAGUGAUGGAAGGGUCAAAACUUUUCGGAUCCAUGACCUUCUCAGAGAGAUCAUCAUUUCGAAAUCAAGAGAUCAGAACUUUGCUACAAUUGUGAAAGAACAGAAUAUUCAGUGGUCUGAUAGAGCUCGGCGCUUGUCAGUACAUUACACCUUGCAACAUCUUCAGCCCAAUAGGUCAGUUUCUCAACUACGAUCUCUCUUUGUGUUUGAGGUUGUUGAGAAAUUACGGUUGCAUACAUUGUUUCCAGGUGGUUUUCGGUUACUUUCUGUCUUAGAUCUUCAAAAUUCUCAUUUGAAGAGAUUUCCAAUUGAAGUUGUGAACUUAUUUUACUUGAAAUAUCUGAGCUUAAGGGAUACCCAAGUAAAAAUAGUUCCAAGAUUAAUUGGGAACCUUCAGAACUUAGAGACAUUAGACCUUAAACAUUCUCAAGUUACUGAGUUACCUGUUGAGAUACUCAAGCUCCAACGGUUGCGCCAUCUCUUGCUAUAUCGAAACGAGUACAUAUAUCAUGAGCUUUUUGAAUCAAAGUCUGGUUUUAAAUUUAUGGGAAACAUUGGAGUUCUGCAAUCCUUACAAAAAUUAUGCUUCAUUGAGGUAAAUCAUGGUGGUGAUUAUAAUGUUGUCAAGGAGGUGAGGAAUUUAACUCAGCUAAGAAGGCUAGGCAUUAUAAAGUUGAGAAGAGAAGAUGGAAAAGUUCUAUGUUCAUCAAUUGAAAAGCUUACUAAUCUUCGUGCACUCUCAAUAGCUUCGAUUGAAGAAGAUGAGAUCAUUGAUCUUGAUCACCUUUCUACUCCUCCAGUGCUGCUUCAAAGGCUGUACAUGAGAGGAAGGUUGGAAAUGCUACCUCACUGGAUUUCUUCACUCCAAAGCCUUGUCAAACUGUCUUUGAAGUGGAGCAGAUUAAAGGAUGAUCCAUUGGUGUACCUACAGCACAUUCCCAAUCUUGUUCAGCUAAUAUUAUGCCAGGUAUUCACUGGAGAUAAGUUGUGCUUUCGGGCUGGUGGAUUUAGAAAGCUGAAGAUUUUAGGCCUGGAUGAUUUUGAUGAGCUCAAAUGCAUACAAUUGGAGCCAGGGGCAAUGGAAUUUCUUGAGAAUCUAAGCAUCAGACAGUGUGAGCGUCUUGAGACGGUUCCCUCAGGCAUUGAAAAUCUAACCAAACUGAAAUUGCUUGAGUUUUUUGAUAUGCCUGCAGAACUAUUCAACACUCUUCGUCCUGAUGUGAAAGAUAGUGAUUAUUGGAGAGUGGCACACAUCCCAGAAGUUUAUUCAACCUACUGGAUAGAAGGAGAAUGGAAAGUAUAUUCCUUGGAGAGUUUGAGCGAUGGAGAGAACUGUCCUCUACCUAACACUGUCAUCAAAACUCUUGAUCUUCAUACUCGUUGGAAGUAACUUUUGUUCCGCAUAAUGAACUUCAUUCUCUACUCCAUGAUAAUUAUAAUGUACAUACUCUCAUAUACUUGUAAAUCUUCUGUGCAACUUGAAGAAAGCAGUUGCAUAUACUACUAAACAAGUUUAGUUCAGGUAAAUUAAAAUGGUAGGAGUGUUUUUUUACGGAAAGGAUUUGUGUAAAAUUGAUAUAUAUGCCUUUGGCACUGGUAGAACUGCUGGUCUAUAAUGUAUUACUUAAAUAUUCUGUAAGUUUAGGCAGCAUCCUGCAUGUCUCAACUGUCAAGUAACAUGGCUUUGCGAGUGGUGGUAACAAUAUUAACUAUAACUCAAUUGACCAUGUUACUCUAUUAGUGUU